AUUCCCGUUUUGGAAUCGCUCAAACGGAUUAUAUUGGUUUUAUAUCUGAUAAAACCGUUUGAUAUCAUACAUAUUUACAUAUGUUAACAAAAAUGGAAAGGACUUACUUUGUCUCGCCUCAAGGGGUUUUUGGGAGAAUACCCACAGUGCCUUUCUUUGUGGCUCGAAGGACCAUGAACAAUAUUCUCACCUUAUUUUCCUGUAACCUUAUGUCACCUUCUUUAAAGAAAAGCGAAACGCACUCAAUUCGUUCUAGUUUUAACAUCCAUGCUCUUGCUGUAGUAUUCCCAUUGAACUAUUUUCGGUGUAUACAUGUCCUUGUAAAGCGAUACAACAACGUUAUGAUUCCUCAAUACAAGGUUUUAGCUGCAAAUUGUACGGCCGGCACAAUUCCGAUUACUAUGGAUCUGAGGGCACCGUCCUCCGGAUUAAAAAAUAUAUAGAGUUAUAUGUACAGCUGACGCCUAGUUUUCGAGAUAAUCCGUUUUAAAGAUC